AACUCCACCGCAGCAGCGCUGCUGCUUCCUCUCCACAAAUUCCAUUCCCCUGUUUCAUCUUCUGUUCAUCCUAAAAUCAGCCGCAACCAACUCCAAGUAGAGAUACAGAAUAGAAUCCUUGAGAUAAUAUUCCCACGCAAAGGAGGGAGAGAGAAGAAGAAAGAGAAGAACCAGGAGCACCCCACUGCCGCCGCCGCCUCCGCCGCCUCUCAAUGCAAAACCCCUACAACGACGCUUUCAAGCACAACCGCCGCGGAGGUCGCCAACGGCAUCAGCCGUCGUCGAUCUCUAGGCCAUUGCCUGGUCAGGUGGCAUUUCGUAUAGUCUGCCACGCUUCUUUAGUUGGCGGUGUCAUCGGGAGCUCCGGCUCCGUGGUGAAGCAGCUCUGUCGGGAGACUUCCUCGCGAAUCCACUUCGAGGAGGGGGUUCAUGGCUCGGAUCAUAGGGUGAUACUCAUAAUCGGAUCCGGAUCGGUAGAUAGGAUGAUCCGAUUGAGCGAGAGCGAGAGCGAGGAAUGUGAUGUGUCGUGUGCUCAAGAGGCGAUGAUUAGGGUUUUUGAGCGACUUUGGGAGGUUGAGGCGGAGAGAGACCGUGCUGGUGCUGGUGCUAGUACUGGUGUCGCGUGUGGUCGCGUGGAGGAGGAGGCUUACUGUGGGUUGCUUGCCAAUACGACGCAGAUUGGCGCCGUGGUGGGGAAAGGAGGGAAGAACGUCACUAGCAUGAGGCAGUUGAGUGGAGCUAAGAUCAGGAUCAUGACUGCUCCAUCUUGCGCGAGAAAGGACGAUGAAUUGAUCCAGAUUACAGGUCGCACUUUGGCUGUCAAGAAAGCCCUGGUUGCUGUAUCUAGAUGUCUUCUACGUUGCCCGCCACUGGAUAGAGAUCCACUACCCUCAAGUAGACUCACAGAACCUGUUGUUGCUGAGAAAGCUUCACAUGAGGCUUUCCCUGAUCCAUAUGCCGAACUUUUUCCUCACCUUAGCUCACUGUUGCCUCCUCUGUUAAUAAAUUCUGGUAGUAGUGCUUCAAAUGCCUGCUUGCCAUCCAUGAAUAUUGAUGGAGAUCCCACAUUGGACAAGAAUGGUACAUGGAAAGAAGUUAUAUUUAGACUGCUCUGUUCCAAUGCGGCUGCUGGGGCCAUUAUUGGUAAGAAGGGGGCCAUCGUCAGAGCUCUACAAAAUCUAUCAGGUGCUGCUAUAACAUUUGCAGCUCAUGUGGUUCGGUCUGGAGAGCGUGUUGUCACCAUAUCUGCAUUCGAGGACCUUGAGUCAUGGUACUCUCCUGCACAAACUGCUGUUAUUCUUGUCUUUGCAAGAUCUAUUGAGGCAGACAUUGACAAGGGACUUCUAUCUGGCUUGAGUAAGGGUACGUCUGUAACUGCCAGGCUUCUGGUUACUUCUGACAUAGUGAGUUGCUUGAAUGGCAAUGGAGGCCAGGUGCUCUCUGAAAUAAUUGAAGUCACUGGUGCUCAUGUACAAAUACUGGAGGAGGACUUGGUACUUGAUAGUGUUCCACAAAGUGUAGUAGUACAGAUAACUGGCGAGUAUAAGAGUGUGCAGGAUGCUCUAUUUCAUGUAAUUGGUAAGCUAAGGGAUAACUUUUUGCCCCCUGAUGUGGUUAAUGAGGUGAGAGUGAGGAACCCACAUGGAAGAGUAAGGGAGACCAGUCCACCUGGAGUGCACCAACAAGCAAGCCUAUCACUUGAUACUGACCAAGAAACUUUUGCUCCACAAGGAAUAGAUUGGGGACUUUCUAACAAUAUGUAUGCUGCUCAUUCAUCAAAACUUCAGCUAGAACAGCAGCAGACUGGGGGAAGAGGGCAUACAAUGCCCAUCCCAGAUUAUGAGCGAGGUGUGAAAACCUUUGGAGGGAGUUUAGAAUUUGAGAGAUCAAUGGAUUAUCUUUUGCCCGUUGAAGUGCUCAAUGAAGUUGGAGGAAGAAGCCCUUAUAGAGGAGCUUGUAGAGGAGUGGGUGAUGCUUCCACUUCUGGUUCACAUAGAUCAUUUAGCAUAUCUCUUGAUUCUGCUCAAGAGAAUGUUUUGGCUAGAGGAAUGAAUCAUGUUGGUAUCUCUGAUAAGAUAUCUUUUCCUGCUUCACAAAUAUUGCAGCCACAACAGAGUGUGGGACGUAAGAAAGCCAGUGCGGGUGGUAGAAGAGGUGGAGAAUUUGAGAGGUUAGUAUUGUGUUGAGCAGACCAUGGAAGCUGUGUGGCAACCUCCCCCCUUCUCUACCUUUCUCUGCUCUUUUUUUAUUUAUAAUUUCUUUUUGAAGUAGAACUUUAUGAUGUAGUUGGGUAGUCCAAGCAAAUUUGCUAUACUGGAAUAUUAUUAGCAAUUUAAGAAUGGUUGGAGUAAUGAUGGUAGCUUGGGUCUAUUAUGCUGUUCGGAAAAAGGAACUCAUCACUGAUGUUAUCAAGAUCUCAAGUAUAAACAGAAUUUAAUGUUAAAAGGAAUCACAACAUCCUAAUCCUAUCGAACAAUUUUUUCUGACUGUCAAUUACAGUUGUUUCUGCAGUGGUAAGAAAUCUGCUAUUGUGAAAAAUACUACAGUAGAAAUCAUUGUGCCGGAAGAUGUUUUUGGCUGUGUUUAUGGCGAAGAUGGGUGCAAUCUGGCUCAUCUUAGACAGAUUUCAGGUGCAAAAGUUGAAGUUCAUAAUCCUCGUCCUGGUGAAAGUGAGGGAACUGUUGUUAUAUCUGGAACACCAGAGCAAACCCAGGCAGCACAAAGUUUGCUUCAAGCUUUCAUCCUUUCCUACCAGUAAUGAGCGAUCCCCCACAGAUCAUCACCACCCCUUAUAAUCAUCAUCAAAUCAAGAGACAGUGAAAUUUUAUAGCUUGCAUUAAUUAACCUUUCUCUUGGGGGAACUACUCAUCAUGCAUCUCUAGUGCUUUUUUCAUACUUCGACAUAGGUUCGGCUUAGAAACAACAACAAAGACAGGACUAGGUGUUCCCUGUGGAUAUCAGAGUUGGUGAUUUUGUUUUCAGGUGAUAUCUUUUCAAAUGAAAUAAAAAAUUAUAGAGAUACAAGGGCCGAAUACUUAUCAUUACUCUUUUAGUUUGCAGGAGAAUAUAAUAUAUAAAGCCUAGGAGUCUUAAGAUAAAUUGUAAAUUGCUUAACUGACAUCAUAUAUUCAUGAUAUUAUUAGCCAGUUGCUUUCUUUAUGGUCUUACACCAAUUCUCAUUUCUCAGUCAUUCAUUUCAAAAUUCAAAUGCGUAAUUAUUGGGGAUUUUGAAAUGAAUGAAAGAAUUUGUAUAAGACUUGUACACAGUGGACCUUGACUCCGAUGUUGUACUGGAGAUUUUACCUUUAUUUUGUCUUGUUUUGUUUAGCAUUACAUUUCAUUGCAAUUUAGGUUGAUUGUAGAAUAUCUACUUCAUUGCCUCUUCUUGUUUGAGUUCUUAACGGCUUUUGAUGACGGCUAUAAACCUGAAAUGGUGCA